AUGGUUAAAACACGACAAAAGCGUCACAAUUGGAAAGCGAGACAAUCGGACAACGAGUCCGUCGACAAGAAGGCAACGGAUUCGCCAAAGAAGACAUCGAUGACCGAUAAGAUAGACCUCGAGAUCGACGAAACGAAAUACGAUUCUUGCAAUCAAUUAAUUUUGGAGACAUCGAAGAAGGCAUCGAAACCGAAGACAAACAAAACCAAUCAAAAUGUGAAUAAAACCAGAGUUUUGUCGAAAAAGCAAAAGAAAAAGUUAGAGAAAGUAUUGCAACGAAAGAGUAGGAAAAUCAAUAGAGCCAAACUAUUGAGUGAUUUACAAGAAGUGAGAGUUGGAGACAAGGAAAUCGCUUUAAUGUCGUCCACGAGUGAUGUCCAGACUUGUGGUCGUAAAAGGUUU